GAAGCCCCGGAUGGGCGAGAGACUCGGAUUACGAUUCAGCUGUCUUUUCCGCAAACGAAACCCCGAAAUAUUUAAUGUGAGAAAGAGAUACUCCUGCGGAAUGACGUCUUUUAGCACCAUAGCCAAGGUCCGAGAACAUAUCGUCUCACAACACAGGAGAGAAGCUAGCCCUGGAAUAUCCUGUCAAUGCUGCAAAGCUGUUUUCACUACGCUGAAUGACUUGGACAUACACAAUCGAGCCCUACCAUCCGAACGAUGCAUUCACAAAGAACUUGACCCCUUGGAUGGCAUUUCUAGCGACAUAUUCAGCGAGUUGACCGGUCACAAAAGGUCAUAUGGAAGAGACAACAGGGAGCAAUGGUCAGAACUGUGGAAACUUGUAUUUCCCAGGGACAAUGACUAUGACGUGGGGCUGCCAGAUUACCACGCAGUAAUGGAACACUUUGAGCUGAGAGACCAAUACCUCAGCUCCCUGCCACACCUGUUUCUGUCACUCGACAACGCCGACGAACACCUAGAAACCAAGAUCAGAAGCCACUUCCUCCAGGUCUGCAAGGAACUUGAGUGCAAAGCCAAAGAUAUGGACUACGUCAACGACCAAAGCCGGCGCAGAGAAAAGACGCGCCAUCAAUCCCCGCAACCCCAUUCCCUGGGCUCCAGACUACCCCUCAAUCCUGGCCUAGAGGGCUGGGGCCAUUGUCUCCGGGGCUUUAUGAGCCCACAGCAGAGAUGGGCAUCGAAGUCUCCGGACCGACAAACGACGACCCCGACCAGGAGGCGAUAGCGGUCGGUGGGGAUAACAUCACGAACGAGGCUUGGU